CGAGUCCUUUGCACUGCACACAAGCAAGAGGAGGAAGCUGCAGCUGUUACUUAAAACACUGCCUUUUGAUGACCUGCUUUGCAUUUGGACACUUGUAGACCAGAUUUUUUUGGGUGUUUGAGCAGAGGGUGGGCGAGCCUCUGGACUCGAAGACAGAGCAAGCCUCACCUGAGCACACUGGUGGAUAUCCUUCCUGCAACUGAUCAUUCCAAAAUUACCAAACCUAGCUCUUAUCACCAGCACAUGCGCCAGUCGAGCAGAUCAAGAGCAGGCUCCAGUUUCUGCGCUGUGAAAUUGAAUCAGAGGAACGGAGAGGCAGUACAGCAGAGGCAUUGUGUCCCUGCAAUUGAAACACUAACCAGCUGAAAAUAUCAAAGACCAUCCUGGACAAAGCGCUCUUCUCAAUCCUCCCUUGCGUGUCUCAAAUCGGCUGUUGAAGUAUAAAGUGAUCAAAAGCUGCACGACAUUCAGAGAGAGCAGAGAGGCUAAGGGGACCAUACACCAGGGAGAAGGACUGAGUGCAGGUGCCGGGCUGCCAUGGUGCGUGGAGGUGAUGUAGCUCCAUCCUGCAGGAGCCUGUGGGUGUUCAGCGCCCUGUCGCUGGUGGCGCUGUGCUUGUCGGACCAAGCUAUUCGUUGCCCGGUGUGCUCAGAGGAGAGGCUGGCCAGCUGUCGUCUGCCAGACGGCUGUGAGGAGACAGUGCGGGAGCCCGGCUGUGGCUGCUGUCCCACCUGCGCCCUGCCGAAAGCUGCACACUGUGGCGUCUACUCACCCCGAUGUGGCACCGGGCUUCGCUGCUACCCGCCACGGGGGGUGGAGCGGCCACUGCACUCGCUGAUGCAUGGCCAGGGGGUGUGCACCGAUGAGCGGGAGGUGGAAGAGAACUCAGCGAUGGACAGGCAGGAUGAGAUCAUCCCUGAGCACCCAAACAACAGCAAUAUCCGGUGCAGUCCACAAGACAAGCGGUGCAUACAGAAGACCCUGGCCCGGCAUCCUCCGAAAUCCACGAAUCAGAGGAGCAACACUGCCAGGGAGGAGACCAAGGCGGCGCUGGCUCCGUGUCGUGCUGAGCUACAAAGAGCAUUGGACAGACUGGCAUCAAACACCCGCACCCAUGACGAUCUCUUCACAAUCCCUAUACCCAACUGUGACAAGAACGGAGACUUCCACCCUAAACAGUGUCACCCUGCACGUGAUGGCCAGCGGGGGAGGUGCUGGUGUGUGGAUCAGAAGACAGGCAUGAGGCUGCCGGGGCCGCUGGAGCAGCGAGGGGAUCUGGACUGUCACCAGUUAAUGACUGCCACCCUGAGGGAUUGAGGAGUGGGGUGUGGCAGUGGGGGUGCAGGACCAGCUGAAUUCUACUGGUGCUUAUUAGUAGAACUACAUGAGGAAAGGACUUCGCCCUAAAGCCUCACUUCAACGAAGGCCAACGGUACUUGACCUUGCGCAACAAAAAGGAAACCAUUGAAUUGAGUUCUUUUGCUAUUUUGUUUCAGUGUGUGACAGUUUUUUUUUUUUUUAUCUCUGAGUGUUUUAGCACUUGUGUAUUGUUUCUACUGUGUGAACCUAAGGCCGAUAGUCCUUAGACUGGUGGCAGAAAAUAGGCCUUUCAAGAGAUAAGAGAUGUAGUUGUGAUAUUUGUUAGAGAAGAAAAGAUGUUGUUUUCUCUAGUCUAGCUUCAGUGUCGUAUUCUUGAAUAGUGACAAGAAAAUGCAUCAACCCGAGCAGAGAGUCAGACCUGAGACACAACAGGAGCUGUUCAUAUUUGUUUCAUUCUUUCUGGAGCUAUAGAUCCGUUUUAAUUACUGAAUCAACACAAUCCAGAAAGGUUCUCAAUUAAAGGACUGUGUACUAGUUUAUUCACAGAAUAUGUGUAAAUUGUUGUAAUGUGUGGCUCUUACUUUAUUGUCCUAUAUUUUGUAAACCCCACCCAUCUGGUAAACUGGUCAAAAUAAACCGUAAAACAUGUUUACAAGCACAAACUUUAGUUUAGAGACAACACAAGAGUAGCAAUAAUAGAUAGGAUGAGAACAAACAUAUUCAAUCAAAAAAGAAAGAGGGUUAACAAAGAAUUGCAUCAACCGCCUGCCUUGAAUUAUCAUAUGAUAAACCAUAGCUCUUCACAACAUGGAGACCAAAGUCAAAAGUGACACUCAAUUGAAAAACUGUAUCUUUAAAAAGCUUUGAACAGAUCUGCUUCAUCACCCUGUGGUUAACUCUGUGUACCCCUUUAGUUUCAGACAAGCUCUCUCCAGUAGGAGUACUGGCAGUGAAGCUGGGCUAGAAACUCUGUACACUGCUGAUAGGAUAAUCUUAUUUUUCCAGCUGGUGCUAAGAUUCCAGUGUGACACUCAUGUUUGCAUGAAAGUGUUUCAGCAUACCGGACUUCUCUCCAAACAGACUGCUUGACAGAUCUUUGGUGGUGCUAUACACUGAUUGUGCCAAAAAACGACAAAAAUGUAUGGCUUGGGCACUUUUUUGGGCAUUGAUUAGUAUUAGAACAAAAGACUGACAUUUUCUGGAAGUGGUGCAAUUAGCUUCACCAAGUGUGAUGGGCACCUCAAUGUGUGACCAUUUGCAUAAGUCAUUGACAAAGGCCUUCAAUGUGUGAUUUCAUGUUAUUGUCAAAAUGUGAACGUAACAUCCCAUAUUAGCUUUGCACUAUCAUUACAGCCACUGCAGUAAAUAACAGGCAUGAUGUCUUCAAAGAAAACAAGCAGAGUGUAAUAACUUGUAAUGAUUUUGCAGGCAGCAACGCAACAUGUAGCGAACAUGAAGCCUUAUAUAGAGGACUCUGGUGUAGCAGUAAAGAAAGGAAUGAUCAUAAUGACCCUGCUCUGUUAAUCUGUCAAUGCUAGUUAAGAGGCAUUGUAAUAUCAUCUAUGGAGAAUCACACUCAUCAUUAAAUGAGUGACUAAGCAAUUCCUCAAAUGUUUUAUACAUCAUAGGAGAAGCUAGUAAUACUCGUAUAGCAAUUUGAUUGUACUGGUGGAGUGCAGUACAUGAAAGUAGCAGGUUUAAGCUAAUGCUGGUGUUUGUCAUCACCAGAUAUGAACAGCCUGCUCCAUCUGUUCUUUGGGACACUUUGGUUAUUAUUGAUUCAAGUAAAGAUUCCUCUGGGUGGUUACUACUGGUGUUAGCUGGGCCUGAAGUCGCUGGAGAAGAGGGACAUCCCAACACAGAGCAGCAUGAAUGCCAACCUAACAAAUCCUUAGCGUGCAGAUUGCAGUAUAAUAAUAUCAGAUAUUUUGAAAUCAAAUAAACUACCACACUCUGAUUUUACCUCAAUAUCAGUUUAGCUUUAAAUACGACUGUUUGAGCACAGCAUCCUGAGGGAGUUCUUUUUCAGCUCCACAGAAAAGUACCACGGAAAUUAUUAUGAGUAUUAUUAUUAUUAUUGUUGUUAUUAUUAUUAUUGUUAUCAUUUUUCACGUUUUUUCCAUAUUGAAUCUGCUCUACUCAUUCCAAUAUGCACUAGAAUAUCCAUAAAGUCAGAGAAAAGAAGCGGUUGUAAAACUUUCAGGUGUAAAAAGUAGUCGCCUCAUCCUUAAACGAAAUUUGACAAAUGUGGCCUGUUGCCAUCAGUUGGAGGUUUUCUCUGAUGCUUCUCAGUGUAUCCUGAAGGUACUUGAGGUUGUAAGGGUGAAAUUCUAAAGAAUUAAAACAACCCCUCUACUAUUUGUACCCAUACCAUUUUAAGUGCACUUUUUUGAUACAAAACUUAUAUAAGAAAUUGAAAUAAAAAUUUAAGGGAAUAACAAAUUACUUUCUUUAGAUUCACAGCCUGUAAUGUUUAAUCAUAACAUACAACAAUUAUCCAAGGUAACUUAAUAUCAAUAACAACUCCACACAUUACUAAUCAAACUGCAUACGCUAGAAAUGUAAUCUAAUCAUUGAAGCCAUAGUCAAUUUAUCACCUCUGCUGGAGACACAGCAUUAUCACCUGAGGACGAGUUUGACCUGUCAUUAAAGAAGAGAUGUAUCCAAAGGUUGUUCACCACAACACAGACAGAUAGAGAAAAGGAUGGCCUGAGUGGAGAAUCAUUUCUCCAGUUUGAAAGAUAUCAAAAACCAAAUGAUUCCUGUGACCCCAAAGUACCUGGAGACUUCAAUAUUCAUUCAGUGAACUGCAUGCACACAUCAAGGUUCCUAUACAAUCUUAUCAUUCAUCAGCUAAUGAGGUGUAACUAAACACAUUCAAACCCAUUCCUCUGUUUAAUAGUCCUAAUCUUUGAGAGAUGGCUUCGAUUUUGUAAAGGCCUACCUAACGACAUAAACUGUGUGUUUAAGCUAUAGCUAUUGCUUGAUCUUUAACUUUGCUGUACUGACCUGUAAUUGCAUUUCUUGAGAGUAGACUGUUCCACUUUGCCUUUGAUAUUAUCUGUUCAUGUGUAAUGUUUGCAUGCAUCCAAAUGGACUGGGGUUGGGAAAAGCUGAGCUCUUGUGUAUCUUGUCCAGAGCAGGACUGUUACAGUAUAUUCAAACACUGAAGGGAUCAAAGAACUGAAAUAUAGAUCAACCAAUGAAAUAAUCAGUUACAUUGUAAAUGUUUACCUGAUGAAAAUGUAUAAAACAUCAAUUAAAAUACUUAAGAAAUGUCAA